AUGGCGCGCGUGUUUGUGGGCAAUUUGCCCGAAGACGUGCGAGAGCGGGACCUGUCGGACAAGUUCGACCGCUUUGGCCGCAUCGCCAGCGUGCGCAUCAAGUUCCCGGCGCGUCCGCCGCCUUUUGCUUUCAUUACAUAUGAUAGCGAACAAGACGCUAGUGACGCUGUGCGGUCGAUGAACAACGCAAGUUUUGGCGGCAGUCGCCUGCGGGUCGAGAUGUCUCGCGGCGUGGACGACGCUCGCCCCCGCGGCACGCAAUUUCGCGUCACGCUUACGGGGUUACCUGAUUCCAUGAGCUGGCAAGACCUCAAGGACUUUCUCCGGAAAGGAGGAGACGUUGUCCAUAGUGACGUCGAUCGUCGUGGCAAUGGCACGGCUUCGUUCGCUUCGCAAGAGGAGAUGGAUCGUGCCAUUCGCAAAUUGGACGGCACGGACCUGGACGGAGAUCGCAUUCGGAUUCGAGGAGAGGAGACUGGAGGACGCUUGCAGUCUGCCUCGCGCUCGCGUUCGAGAUCUCCGCCUCGACGUGUCAGUCGUAGACGCUCGCCGUCCCGCUCUCGGUCCCCGCGUCGGCCUAGCAGCCGCAUCGGUCGGCGUGACCGUGAUCGAUCGCGCUCGCGUUAG